AUGUAUACACCAGAAAUAAGUGAACCUCUACAUUCUAAUUUAAUAGAAUACUCUGAAGAUAUAAACAAAGCCCCACCUUUAUUUAUUUGUUAUGAUAUCAAUAAUAAAUUACCAAUAUAACUUGAAUUGAUAAAUUAUAUUAUUGAUGUUUAACCUGGAAUGGCAAGAAUUGAAAUGUAAUAAACAUAUCGUACAUAAAACUAGCAAAUUCCAAUUUAAUUAGAAUAUAUGUUCAUAAUAGAUAAAUAAUCAGUUGUAAGGAAGAUAGUAGCUGAAUUAGAGGAAGAAAAAGUUCUAGGUAUAGUAAAAGAGUUGGGAAGUAAAAUAAGAAUAUAAAUAUAAAGAAAGGCUUUAACAAGGAGAAAUAAUGAUAUUAAGUUAACAGGAUAAAUAAAUAAUUGA